UCCUGGUCCUGGGGGGCUCCGCAGCUGAAAUGUUUUCUUGGGGAGUGAUCACGUCAGUUCUCCGUCGUCGCCCCCCUCCAACUCCAAUUCGCGAGCCGGGCACCGCUCAAAAGACGUUCUUUUCGCCGCCCAGGUUCUGAGCCCUGCCUGCCUGCCUCGGUCGCGGCGUCGGAGCGCCUGAUCUGGGUCUCGUGAUCUCAGCUCUCCUCCCUCCCGGUUCGGUUCGGUUCGGUUCGCUGCUCUGUGGUCGGCUGCGCGACGCUCCGGGUGCCCCGCGCGAGCGGCGACAAGCUCGACGCUCUCGAGGGCCGGCGGUUGCGAUCCUCGCGGUUCCGAAUUGGAGUGGGGGCGGUGGGGGCGGUGGGGUUCCUUGGUCUCCUCGUGGGGUUUGAUGAUUUGGGAGGUUUUCCGCUUUUAGGGUUCGAGAGAGAUGAGUGUCGUCACCGGCAACAGCGGCGGGGGCGGGGGCGGGGGCGGGGGCGGCAAUGGCAAGGUCGAGGCUUGGGACUCGGGCGAGUCGAUGGGGAGGAAGAAGAAGAAGAGCAGGGACGGCGGCGAGAGGAAGAGUGUGGAAGGCCCUGAGGAUGGUCUCGGCGGCGGCGGCGGCGACGAUGACGACGAUAUUGUGGGCGCCAAGGACGGUGGGUGUUGGGUUAGGCUGAAGUUCAUCGGGAGCUGCAUCUCCUCAAGAUCCAAAGUCGAUAGCUCCAUCAGCGGUACCAGUACUAAUUAUGCAGAAAGUAAAUUUACAAAUGAUACAAGCAGAGACCACCCUGCUCCUCCUGUGGUUUCAUCUACGACCACUAGCAAUACAGAAAGUAACUCCUCAACUUCCAAACUUGAAGAAGAACUUAAAGUUGCCUCUCGCCUGCGAAAGUUCUCAUUCAAUGAUCUUAAGUUAGCUACAAGAAACUUUAGACCUGAAAGUCUACUUGGGGAAGGUGGUUUUGGCUGUGUCUUCAAGGGUUGGAUCGAAGAAAAUGGGACUGCUCCUGUGAGACCUGGCACUGGGCUUACUGUUGCUGUUAAAACUCUCAAUCACGACGGGCUUCAGGGUCACAAAGAAUGGCUGGCGGAAGUGAAUUAUCUUGGUGAUCUAGUGCAUCCUAAUUUGGUAAAAUUGAUUGGGUAUUGCAUAGAAGACGACCAAAGGCUGCUAGUGUAUGAGUUUAUGCCAAGGGGAAGCUUGGAGAACCACCUCUUUAGAAGAGCUCUGCCUCUCCCUUGGUCUAUCAGGAUGAAAAUAGCGCUAGGUGCUGCGAAGGGUCUUGCUUUUCUUCACGAGGAAGCAGAAAGGCCAGUGAUAUAUCGUGAUUUCAAAACUUCGAAUAUCCUGUUAGACGCUGACUACAACGCCAAGCUUUCUGAUUUUGGGCUUGCAAAAGAUGGUCCCGAGGGAGAUAAGACUCAUGUCUCAACACGUGUCAUGGGAACAUACGGCUAUGCUGCCCCAGAAUACGUGAUGACCGGGCACCUUACUUCAAGGAGUGAUGUCUAUAGUUUUGGUGUGGUGCUUUUGGAAAUGCUGACCGGAAGAAGAUCCAUGGACAAAAAUCGACCUAACGGCGAGCAUAACUUAGUUGAAUGGGCUCGGCCACAUCUUGGAGAGAGAAGAAGAUUCUACAGAUUGAUAGAUCCACGGCUUGAAGGUCACUUCUCGAUAAAAGGUGCCCAAAAGGCUGCGCAGUUGGCAGCUCACUGCCUUAGCCGAGAUCCGAAAGCUCGUCCCUUGAUGAGUGACGUCGUCGAAGCUUUGAAGCCUCUCCCAAAUCUCAAGGAUAUGGCAAGCUCAUCGUACUAUUUUCAGACCAUGAGGGCGGAGCGCAUAGGAUCGAGCCCAAAUGCUAGAUAUGGCAUUCAAUCGCAAGCAGGAGCGAAUGCAAGAAAUAGGAGCCUUUCAAUACCGAAUGGGACCCAUGCAUCCCCAUACCACCAUCAGUAUCCUCAUCAAUCUCCGAAACCGAAUGGUAAACCAUAGCAAUGGGUUUAGACUUAGUGGUCCCUUAUUCAAUCCCUCUCCCCCCAAUUUAUUUCCCUUUCUUCUCUUCUCUUUCUUCAGUAUAGGAGUUGAUUUUCAUCCAAACAUUUGCGCUUGAUUACUGAAAUGGUGACGGAGAAAAAUGUGCUCGAACUGUGAUGUGUUUUCACAAUGACAUCCUUGUGCGGAGGAUGUCUGGCUGGCCAGGUGAAGCAUUUCUGGCAGUGUCUAUUUUGACCCAUAUGGAACUCUAUUUGGAGAUGUGCUGAAGCUUGUUGCCUCA